GCCGUGCGGCGAGAGCAACUAUCCGGAGGAAACAGAAACGUCGCAUGUCGCAUUCGAAACACGCACACAGACCCAGACCGACUUCCUAGCCACCACCACGCAGCAACGCCGCUGCCUUCCCACGACCACGCCCGUUCUCCUGCGCAGAAGGCGCAAUCAUGGAGUGCUGGGACGACGAUGCCGACCUGCAGGGCGACUUCACGGCGUGUGCCAACGCCAGCACUGGCACCGGCCCACUGAGCAUGUCCUCGCGCAUCAGCACGCGCUCAGAGUCGGUCGCUGGCGAUGAGGACUGGAACGUCGUCAUACAGCCCAACGACGAACACAGCUCCAAGCAGGCCAUACUAUCCGCGAAACUGGCCGGCAUCCCGCUGCCGCAGAAUGUACCAACAAGUGCCCUGCUUGGCGGCACCAUCAAGCGAUUGGGAAACAAGCCGUCGAAGCAGAAGAUUGAUGACUGGGACAAUGACCUGGAGAUGAUGGACAAGCCCUUGCAGCUGAAGCCACGGACAGAAGCUCCCGGUGUCCUAUCUGGCGAAGACUUCGACGAUUUCGAUGAUCUGGAAGGGAGCCUUGGCAUUAGGUUUGCUGGCAAGAACAGCACGCGAAACCGCAGCGGCUCUGCCUCAGUGAUGAGUCCGAGCUUGGGUUCAGCGACGGCAGACAGCGAGGUCGAUGACCUUGGAGGACUGGAGCUGCCAGAAGGGCCAAUGGAUUUUGAGGCCAUCCUGAAGAAGCGUCGAGCUGCCGAUGCCGAUCUGACAGAUUCCCUGCCCAAUUCCCAGCCCAACUCUGCUGUAGUCGACCAGCAACCUACCAUGAAUCUGCACAAGAAGUCAAAGCUGUUCUCAGAUGAUCACGACAAUUUUCUUGACGACCUGGACUUCGGCGAGAGCGAUGUGAUCAAUGUCAGGAAGCGAACUACCAACAGAAACGUGCAAGUAAAGUCGACCAAGCCUCUCUCUUCAUCAUCACGCCCAGCCACCACACUCAACUUUCACGAUAAACCUACAGACAAGCCUAUAUACAAUCGAUCUCAUAUACCGCGUCCGGUCUCUGGCACUCGACAUACAUCAAGACUAGACCCAGUGUUCGAGAGUGGAGCCUCUCACGCUCCUCGUGAAAGACGAGGGCCGACUACAACGAGCUCGCAACUGCUCCGUUCUAAGCGAUCGGCGCCAGCAUUGCGAAAUCAGCAUAGUCAUGGCAUUUUGUCCAGCAAGCCAUCAGUGCCGUUCCUACCUGCAGGCGUCUCGAAUCAUCAGUCGCCACAUAUUACUGCCCACAGAGCUAUGCCGUACCAUUUGCGACGAGAUUCAGAUCCGAAAAGACAAGGUGCUCAAUCGCCACCACCAAGACCCAGCUCACGCCUGUCCAACCAAGUUGCGCCAGACACCCCGUCUCGGGUACCGAGAGCCAGGGAGAAUAUAGCACCGCCCUCACUGGCACGCGAGGCCCGAUCCAAGCAGACCAUCAAGCAGCCUAACAGGAGACGCCACUACGGCGAUGGAUCUGAGCUGGAAAUAUUCGACGACUUGCCGACAUCCGUCACCAAAGAGAGCAAGUUCAUUAAACAACCCGUGGGCCGUGGUCCGCCGAAGCAGAGCACUCUCAGGCGGACACAAAGCCGGAGCGACUUUGUCGAUCUCAGUAAGCGAAAUUCGGCAAUAUCGACUGUGACCGCGAUCCCGGAUAGAAUCAUGACGCCAGCGCCACCUAGAACACCAGCCAGUCCCACCAAGGGAUUCUAUGACAAUGUGCCCUCUGCUACUCCAAGCUACUUGCGUGACACCGCUGCCAGUAGAAUUGCUAGAGAGACUAGACUCGCAAACCAGCCACGGCCAAGGAGUGAAGGGCCUCUUCAACCACUGACAACGAAUUGGAAAGCACAAGUUGCCGCGCGGAGCCCAUUCAAUAGUCCCAGUGCUCAGCGACAGAAGAGCAAAAGACCCGGGCUGAUCGCAGGCAUUGGAUCGCAUGUUGUCAAGAGCGAGAAAGGCAUGAUUUAUAAUCCGCAAACACUUCGAUGGGAAGGGAACGAAAACACAUUGCGUGAAUUCGACAUACCUCCGUUGGAGACACCGACACCGUCGCUACGACCGCGAUCAUCGUACAUAGAACGGGAGAGGAUGCACCAACGAUCAAACACAUCACCGUCGCGGCCAGCGCUCAUAGCUCAUGUUCCAACGGGAAGCGGCUACAACAUCCAAGUACAAAACGGGAUGGUUUUCGACCCACAGCAGAUGAAGUGGCUGAAGGUCAAAGCGGGACGAGAUGUCUCAGGUCAGAUGUCUCCCUCCGUGACCGACGUCGAGGACGAAGAAGAUGCAUUCGCAGGCAUCGAUGAUCUUAAAGAUGAGAACAACCCAACUCUUGGCACCAAUGCGCUUGGUGGCGCCCAGGACUCGCUGCAGCCGCCUGGUGCAGACUUUCACGAGGAGUUUGACGUUGGCGAUCGUUUCAAACAACUUCAAGAGAAUGAAGAACAGGUUUGGAGGCGUAUGUGCGGCGCUUGGUUCGUCAAUAAUCAGGAACGACCUGACGAUGGACGGUGGCGACGAGCAAUCCGAGAUGUUGUGCCCGCAGAAAGCAUGGCCGGCUUCUAGUACGAGCCGGCGCCUGGAAAAUAUGCAUUCACUUUCACCUGCAGAUAAUUGUACUUACUAUAUACCCUGCAGUGGCGGUUGGAUAGUUUGACGGUUUGGCAGGCAUGGAUGAGCACGACUAACGAGAUGAUGAAGCAACCAAAAUUUUGUACCG